ACUUGCAGAAUAUACAAAAAGCCUCAAACAGCGCACGAAAAUGUCGAAAAAGUACGGUUUAAUUGAACGGAACACCGAACCGGCCCUGGGUGUACCGGCGAAAAAGCAUGCGGCCUUCGCUAGUGACUCCGAUUCGGAUGGUGGCGAAGCAAGCAAGGUGAAGAUCGAACUCGGUGCCAACCAGAAGCGACAGGCUCUAGCGAUGCAGAAGAAAGCGAUCGAAGAGGAUCCCACCAUUUUCCAGUACGACGAGCUGUACGACGAUAUCGUGGAGAAGCGCGUAAAGGUCGCGAACCAGGGUAAGGAGCAGGCGAAAGAGCGUAAGCCAAAGUACAUUGAGAAGCUGAUGGAAACGGCCGAACGGCGUAAAAAGGAACAGGAGCGCCGCGUAGAGCGGCAAGUUCAGAAGGAACGGGAGGCGGAGGGUGAAAAGUUUAAGGAUAAGGAAGCGUUCGUAACGUCCGCCUAUCGCGCCAAGCUAGAGGAGAUGAAAAAGUUGGAGGAGCAGGAGAAGCGGGAAGAGUAUCUCGAAUCGAUCGGUGAUGUGACGAAGCAGUCGGAUUUGGGUGGCUUUUACCGCCACAUCUAUGAGCAAAAGACGAAGGACGAAGAAAAGGCAGCCGUGAAAGAGGAAACUCCGGAAGCGGACACGGAAGUGAAGGUAGAAGUUAAGGAAGAAAGCCCCGAAAAGUCUCCUCCCCGCAAGGUAACGCAGCGAGAGCGCAAAUACCGAAAGAGGAAGUCAGAUGACGAAAAUGACGAGCAAACUGCAAACGAUGGACCCGCAGAACGGACACACUUGCAGUCAAAUUUGGAUGCAGACUCCGAUUUUAGCAUCGACUCUGAGAGCAGUGAAGAAUCCGACAGCGAAAACGAUGAAAAGAAGGUAAAUGUGGAAAACAACGGCAGCGAUGAAGCGAAAAAGGAAUCAAAUGGACACGCAAAGGAAGUCACUGCCGAAGGAAACGAUGUCGACAAAAAGGAGGAUACCGUCGGCGACAAAGUUGAUUCGGAUGAGCCAGUUGUUAAAAAACCAAAAGCGCCGCCGAUCGAUAUUUGGAAGAAGCGUACGGUUGGGGAGGUGUUUGAAGCUGCACGUCAACGAUACCUAGAAAGGCGUCAGAUGCAGCAGUCCGGUUGAAAGCGGAAAAGCAUGACCAAUAAAAAAGCAUUUGGG